CCACCAUGCACAACUUCACAACUUCAGCGCACGAAUUGUGAUAUCAUUCACACAAAUCAACCGGUUUCAGGCACGCUGUCGCAAGAGAACCUGUCAUCUAUAAAAUGGCCAAGUCCCGCAGGAACCGAGGCAACGCCCAGCGCAAAGACCCCAUAAAGUCUGUAAAGCCGCCGUCCGACCCAGAACUCGCCGCGCUGCGCGAGCAGAAGAUUCUCCCCGUCAUCAAGGACCUGAAGAGCGCCGACCCCAAGUCUCGCUCCGCCGCGGCCGCUGCCGUCUCAAACAUCAUCCAGGAUGAAAGGUGUCGCAAGCUGCUGCUGCGCGAACAGAUUGUUCACACCGUGCUCACCCAGACUUUGACGGAUGCCGCCCUCGAGAGCCGUGCUGCUGGCUGGGGCAUUCUCCAGGUGCUGGCGCAAGAGGAGGAAUCUGAUUUCUGCAUUCAUCUAUACCGAGUAGAUGUGCUCACUGCCAUUGAGUAUGCGGCCAAGUCGAUCUCUGAGACGCUCCAGUCCAAAGAGACGGAAUUCCUGAAGAAGUCCAAGACAGAGCAGGCCACAGUACUAAGCAUCGCAUCAUCGCUGAUCUCUCUUCUGACCGCCCUGGCUGAGGCCCAAGAUGACAUCUUGGAAGCCAUCGCCCGCAAUGCCGUCAUUCCACGAUUUGUCUUCCUUCUUAGCUCUAACGAGCUCUCACACAUCCCUGAGGUGGUAUCUCUCCGAACCGACACCCUCGCCUGCCUCAUGAUCCUUUGCGAGGACAACGAGGAACUUGCCGAAAAGAUCAUCAACUCCAAGGGACCUCGCUGUUACGACACCGUCCUGGCGCUGCGCGAGGAGCCCAGUAGCGACGGCGUGCUUGCCUGUGGCGUCCUUCACAACAUUUUCGCCUCUCUUGAGGGCCAGGACAUUCCCCUCGGCGCCGACGACUCAUUCCUCAUCCCUACUCUCUCCAAGGCCAUCGGCUCGUUCCAGCCCGGACAGGUUGUCACCGACGCCACUGGCUGGGCGAACCCCAUCGAGUACCAGCAGCUGGCGCUCGAGAUCCUUGCCUCCAUUGGAACCAGCCUCAACAACUCUCGGGACGCUGCCGAGGCCCCUAAGCCCCAGGCUGGGGGUGCCAAGGAUGACGAGGCUAUGGAUGAUGCUGAUGACGACGCUGACGAAGCUGGAUCUGACGGCGAAGGGCCUGAUGGUGAGGACGGCGAGGAUGAAGAGGAUGAAGAGAUGGAUCAGGACGAGAUGGAGGCCGAUAUGGAUAUGGUAACAGGUGCCGACGAUGACGAGAACCACGACAACAUCGAUGACCUGCCCGUCCUCAAAGCCCUCAUCCAAACCGCCCUCCCUGAGCUCAUUCGCAUCGCCGCCCUCCCCCCCAACGACGACGCCAGCAUCCGCCUCCAGGGCCACGCCCUCUCCGCCCUCAACAACAUUGCCUGGUCCGUCUCCCUCAUCGACUUCGCCGACCCCCACAACGCCGCCAUCCAGGCCACAUGGCAGCCCGCCGGUCAGGCCCUGUGGACCCAGGUCAUCGCCGCCAUCCUCGCGACCGACACCGCCGACGUUGCCCUCGCCACGCACGUUACGAGCCUCGCCUGGGCCGUCGCCCGCUCCCUCCGCGGCAGCGCCACCCCGCUGGCUGGCGACGAGCACCGCCGCUUCAUCGCGCUCUACCAGGCGACCAAGGGCGCCGCGGCCGUCCAGAACACAGAGGAUCCUUUCCAGGCCCUCGGCGUUAAGUGCGUCGGCGUCCUCGGUCAACUCGCCCUCGACCCGGCUCCCACAGACCGCAACCGUGAGAUUGCCGCUUUCCUCAUCACCCUUCUCACUAGUCUGCCCAACACGCCCUCCGCGGAUGCUGUUGAGGCGCUCAACCAGCUCUUCGACAUCUACGGCAACGAGGAGUACGCUUACGACCGUGAGGUCUUCUGGAAGGACAACUUCCUCAAGCAUCUCGAGGACGCUGUCCCCAAGGUACGCGCCAUGGUUAAGACCAUUAAUAAGCAAGCCCAGGCCGAGCUGCGUCUGCGGGCUGAUGAAGCCGUGCUGAACUUGAAUCGUUUCUUGGCGUAUAAGCGGAAGAACAAGCCAAAGGCGUAGAUACUGGGAAAAUAUUAUAGGAAAGGAAAGGCAUAGGAAAAGUAAUGAAAUAUGA